AAUGCAGAGUGCUGUGGAUUAAACAGUGUCCUACAUAGGCUCAAGAAUCUUUUGAAUCUAUUGGCAGUCUUCCAAGAAUUUACAUUAGCUAGAAAUGUAAAGUAGCAAUUUAUCAAGUCAAGAAGGGCCAUUCAUAAAGAAAUACUCUACGAAUGAUGGAUAUUACCAAGAUCUACUGUGAUAAUGACCUGGUUUAGAAACUGAAAUAUUUCAGCGUCUGUCGAACUGCGAGCAGCUAUCCAGUUCUGUGCAAUGGCCGCGUAGCUUUUGCAAUACAGGAGCAAAAGAAGACGUUCGCAUUGACCAAUGGAAUAAGAUACUUAUAAUAGCACCUAAAAAGCUUUUUAAAGCUAAAAGACAAACUUGGAAUGUCGAUAGUAUGCGCAAUGCAAUAGAUGCUGUAAGAACAAAAAGGACAACAUUCAUCCGACGACAAUUUCCGGUUGGCCAAGUUAGUUGGGAAAAAAUCCAGAGCAAACGAUCAAGCUUCUUCGGACGAUGAUAUUCCCGUAGCCUAUUUGGCUUCUAAAGAGCCUAACUCAGAUGUGAUUUUCUGUGAAGAAUUAUUUUCUAAAAGUAAAAGCCGAGAAAUUUGGAUUCAAUGUGUCAUGUGCGAAUGCUGGGCACAUGAAGCCUGUACAGGCAACGAGCAUGAAACAUACAUAUGCAACUUUUCUAACUAGUAGUUCUUUAAACGUUGCCAAAUAAAAAAUAAACAACUUUAUAAUUUUUGUUUUGUAUCUAUUACUUAUGUCGUAUCUGAUAUACCAUAUUACCAGAUAAGGCUUUUCCAUAUUACUCGCCAGUUUUCUUGGCACCUAAAAAUGAC